UGUAUCUCAUGGGCAAAACAGGGAGUUCCCUUUAGUAUUGAUCCAAGUGUCCAAACCGUAAAUUUAACGAGUAAUUGUUAGCAUUCACUCUUUAAUUAACACUGCAUUAAUCUUGGUUUUAUCGACUCAUCAACGAAAUCUCUGUGAACUGUAGUACAAAAUUAUUCUGACCUCCACGAAAAUCAGGGAAUUUGGAGAAUUUCCAGUGGAAAUGCCAAUAAUGUUGACAGGUACAUCAAAAGUUCAAUGUCAAUGACGAGAGGAGAAUCUGGAGUUGUUCUUCUUCGUGGGAAUUCUGCGAGUGACACCAGCUUUUUUUAUUUUGUGUGACUUCCUUGACAGGUGCAAUGGAUUCUUUUUUGUUACGGGAAAACGGAACUCAGGAAUUUUUUAACAUGUCAAGCAUUGCAAAUCAGUCAAGGGUGGGCAGACCUUGAGAGGCCAAUAAACACAUGUGUGUUAAUGCAGGGGAGGAUUUGAUAUUUAUUGUUUCAGUGGUUAUUCUAGGAUGGAAGAAUUUGUGAAGGAUUAUGGUUGGUUAAAUGAGAGGAAUCGAGAGAUUGAGUUGAGGUUAUUCUGCAAAAAAUAGUGUGCCAAAAAUAACUCUUGAGCUAUCAAAUCCACAUCAUAACAAAAAAUUUUGGAAAUAGUACUAACUCAGAUUGAAAAAUGGUGGAAAAACAAACUUUGGCUAAGGCGGUCCAUCUUUUAAAGACCCCAGCAGUUGUCAUGUUUGGGAAUCCACUUAUGGAUUUCGUUGUUACUCUUGAAGACGAGAGUAUCUUGGAAAAGUAUCAACUUCCGAUGGAUGGAGAGAUUGAGAUUGAAGAGACAAAAAUUUCACAGAUUUUAGCUGAUUUAUCACUAUGUGAGAAGAGAAUUACUCCAGGAGGCUGUGCUCAGAACACAGCUAGACUCCUCCAAUGGCUUUGUGGAGGUAAACGUGUCUCACCAGUUGUUAUUUAUUGUGGAGGAGUAGGAAAUGAUUGUAGAGGCUCCAGCCUUGACAAAUUAGUGAAAGCAGAUGGAAUACAAACCAAAUAUGCAAUCCAUUCUACCCUUCCCACAGGCAUAUGCAUUUCCCUGAUAUGCGGCCAAUCUCGUUCUCUCGUCGCUAAUUUAGGGGCUGCGAGUGUUUACACACUGAUAGAUCUAAAACGGAGCAAUCUACCUCUCGAUGGACUCAAGAUAAUCUACAUCGAAGGGUUCUUCCUCACACACAGUUUAGAUGUUGCCAAAGAAAUCAUCGUACUUACUCAAGAAAAAUGUAAAAAUAUCAUUGUGGCGUUUAACCUUAGUGGCGAAUAUAUAUUUGAAAAACAUCAAGCAGCAAUUUGUGAGAUGGUUGGUCUUGCAAAAAUUGUGUUCGGUAAUGCGAGGGAAAUGACAGCUCUAGCAAACGCCCUGAAUAUUCAAUUUGAAAAUGUCACGGACAUUCCUUUCUUAUUGAAUAGCUCUAAACGAGUAGCAGUGAGUGUAGCGAGUGCAAAUAUUGAAGAUGACUGGCUGACAAACAACGAUAUAUUUGUAAUGACGCAGGGCGGAUCGGCGCCAGCAAUUGUCGUCUGGGGUGAAGGUCAUUCGGCACAGGUUCAUCCAAAGAAACCAAAGGAACCGAUAGUCGACACAACUGGGGCUGGAGAUUCGCUGGUUGCUGGAUUUCUAGCCGGAGUUUUGGCGCAGUGGGAUCCAAAGUCUUGUCUCAAGUGUGGCUGCAGGACAGCUGCCAAAAUAAUAACGAAAUUAGGAGUCGAUGUACCCGAAUCUGAUGGUAUCUGAAAUUAAUCGAUA